UCUCGCAUCAAUAUAAAUAUAUAUGGCGAGACAGAAUAACAUAAUAACAGAAUCCCGAACUAGCGGAGCUGACAAAAAAACAGACAUAGAAGCUUUCGAAACGAAGCGGUAAAACUAAAGAAGAUGGGAAAUGAAGAAGAUCAGCAACAAAACCAAACAACAACAACAACAACAGAGACGCCGAAGCCGAAACCUAGAUUUCUGUGCCUGCAUGGAUUCCGAACCAGCGGCGAGAUUCUGAAGAAGCAGGUGGAGAAAUGGCCCCAAUCUGUGCUUGAAAUGAUGGAUCUUGUCUUCGUCGACGCCCCUUUUCCCUCCCUUGGCAAAUCCGACGUCCAAGGGAUCUUCGAUCCUCCCUACUACGAAUGGUUUCAAUUCAACAAGGAAUUUACGGAGUACAAGAACUUUGAUGAGUGUCUUGCAUAUAUAGAGGAGUGCAUGAUAAAGUAUGGACCAAUCGAUGGUCUUCUUGGCUUUUCUCAGGGAGCGAUUUUAUCGGCUGCAUUGCUGGGGCUGCAAGCCAAGGGUGUGGCUCUUACAAAGGUACCCAAAAUAAAGUUUUUGAUAAUAGUUGGAGGGGCAAAGUUUCGGGAGCCAUCAGUGGCUGAGAAGGCAUAUUCGUCUCCCAUUCAAUGCCCGUCUCUCCACUUCUUGGGAGAAACGGAUUUCCUAAAGCAAUAUGGGAUCGAACUGUUGGAUUCAUUUGUUGAUCCUUUGGUGAUUAAUCAUCCCAAGGGCCACACAAUACCUAGAAUUGAUGAUAAGUGUUUGCCAAUCAUGUUGAGCUUCAUCGAACGGAUUCAAGAGGCAGUCGCCAGGAAGGAAGAAUAAGAUAUUUGCUCACAGAAGGCUCCACUAGCUGACAUAAUUGGAGCAAACUGAUGUAUUUUUUGACAUUGUAAUUUUGUUUUGACAUUUCACAAAUAAGACCAACAAAGCAAGAAAAUUUUAAAUUUUUUGGAUGUACUUUAUAAUUUGUUAUACGAUCCAGUCUAUCCAUGUUGGACACUGGCUUUCUGAAUUUGGAUUUUUUUCCCCUUCUUUUCU